AUGGCAGAAAAUGAGGUGGACUUGGACUCUAUCAUAGAUAGACUGCUCGAGGUCCGUGGCAGCAGGCCCGGCAAGCAGGUUCAGUUGUUGGAGACGGAGAUCAGAUACCUAUGCACCAAGGCUCGCGAGAUUUUCAUUUCGCAGCCCAUCCUCCUCGAACUCGAGGCGCCCAUAAAGAUUUGCGGCGAUAUACAUGGACAGUACUACGAUCUUCUGCGCCUGUUCGAGUACGGCGGCUUCCCACCGGAAGCAAACUACCUCUUCCUCGGUGAUUAUGUCGACCGCGGCAAGCAGUCCUUAGAAACCAUCUGCCUACUCCUUGCAUACAAGAUUAAGUACCCCGAGAACUUCUUCGUCCUUCGUGGCAACCACGAGUGCGCCAGCAUCAACCGUAUCUACGGCUUCUACGACGAGUGCAAACGAAGAUACAAUAUCAAGCUAUGGAAGACAUUCACCGACUGCUUCAACUGCCUACCAAUUGCCGCUAUCAUCGACGAGAAGAUCUUCACCAUGCACGGUGGUUUGAGCCCCGACUUGAACUCUAUGGAGCAGAUCAGGCGCGUCAUGCGUCCAACUGAUAUCCCCGACUGCGGUCUCCUGUGUGAUCUCUUGUGGUCCGACCCCGACAAGGAUAUCACUGGCUGGAGCGAGAACGACAGAGGUGUCAGUUUCACGUUCGGUCCAGACGUGGUAUCACGCUUUUUACAAAAGCACGACAUGGACCUCAUCUGCCGCGCCCAUCAGGUCGUAGAAGACGGUUAUGAGUUCUUCUCGAAGCGCCAGCUUGUCACACUCUUCAGUGCGCCAAAUUACUGCGGUGAAUUCGACAACGCGGGUGCCAUGAUGAGCGUCGAUGAGAGCCUGCUCUGCUCGUUCCAGAUCCUAAAACCCGCGGAGAAGAAACAGAAGUACGUACCCUCAAGUUUCGGUGCCAGCAGACCGAUGUCUCCUCGAACCAAGAAAUCCCAGAAGUAG